AUGUUUUGGUUUUGCAGGAAGUUUGGUGACCGACCUCAGCCUCAGCGUUUGACAAGGGAGGCUAUGAGGAAUUAUCUGAAGGAAAAAGACGACCAAACAGUCCUAAUACUACACGCUAAAGUCGCACAGAAGUCAUACGGAAACGAAAAAAGGUUUUUCUGCCCUCCACCAUGUGUGUAUCUAUUGGGCAGUGGCUGGCAGAAGAAAUUAGAGAAAAUGGAGCGGGAGGGCUGCUCGGAACAGGAAGCCCAACCGUGUGCCUUCAUUGGCAUCGGCAACAGCGAGCAGGAGAUGCAGCAACUCAAUCUGGAGGGGAAGCACUUCUGCACAGCUAAGACACUGUACAUCAGUGACUCAGACAAAAGGAAACAUUUCAUGCUGUCGGUGAAGAUGUUCUACGGGAACAGCUCUGACAUUGGAGUCUUCCUCAGCAAGAGGAUCAAGGUCAUCUCCAAGCCCUCCAAGAAGAAGCAGUCUCUCAAGAAUGCAGACUUGUGUAUAGCAUCAGGGACUAAAGUUGCACUGUUUAACCGUCUGCGCUCCCAGACAGUCAGUACCAGGUACCUCCAUGUGGAGGGGGGCAAUUUUCAUGCAAGUUCCCAACAGUGGGGGGCCUUCUACAUCCACCUAUUGGAUGAUGAUGAGUCUGAAGGAGAGGAGUUUGCUGUUAGAGAUGGCUACAUUCACUAUGGCCAGACAGUGAAGUUGGUUUGCUCUGUCACUGGCAUGGCUCUGCCCAGACUGGUCAUUCGUAAAGUGGACAAGCAGACAACAUUAAUGGAUGCUGAUGACCCCGUCUCCCAGCUCCACAAGUGUGCCUUCUACCUUAAAGAUACAGACAGAAUGUAUCUCUGCCUGUCACAAGAGAAGAUCAUCCAAUUCCAGGCCACACCCUGCCCUGAAGAAACAAACAAGGAGAUGAUCAACGACGGGGCUUCCUGGACCAUCAUCAGCACUGACAAGGCAGAAUAUACUUUUUACGAGGGCAUGGGCCCAGUCCCGACACCUGUUACACCUGUCCCUGUGGUGGAGAGCCUACAAUUGAAUGGCGGUGGAGACGUGGCAAUGUUGGAGCUCACCGGACAAAAUUUCACCCCUGACCUCAGAGUCUGGUUUGGUGAUGUGGAGGCUGAGACAAUGUACAGAUGUGGAGAGAGUGUGCUGUGUGUAGUCCCGGACAUCUCAGCCUUCAGGGAGGGCUGGAGGUGGGUAAGACUGCCAGUCCAAGUUCCUGUCACCCUGGUCCGUAAUGACGGAAUCAUCUACGCCACUGCCCUCACCUUCACUUACACCCCUGAACCGGGGCCCAGGCCCCACUGCAGUGCCGCCGGGGCUAUCCUUCGAUCACACAGCACAUCUUCAUCAUCACCAGCUUCCUCAUCUUCACCGUCGUCCUCAUCCUCGCUGGGCGGGCUCGGGGAUAGCCAGGUGGCGUACUCUGCCAGCGACUCUGCCAGUAGUAUGUCCUCAGGGGCAUCAGCUAUGCCGGUGCUGUCAUAGUGAUGCCUGUUAAUGUGACUGUGCAUGUGCCUGUGUGUGUGAGUGUGUGUUUGUGUCUAUAAGUGAAUGGUUGAGGAAAUAUAAUCAUAUAUUUCCCAAAGAGGCUCAUGGACCUGUGAGGAACCGCACAUCAACUCAUAAACUCUUCACCGGAGAGCGAUCAUUUUCAUCAGGGGUGAUACAAUGAGUUGAAGGUCAAAGAUAAAAGACUUGGGAUAACUCAGUUUGCUCUUUAGCGCCCUCAUGUGGGAGGCAGUGGAUAAGACAACAGCCCCCACUAUGAGAAAUCGAUAUCUGAGAUCUAC